GGCGGCCCGAGCGGCGGCGGCGGCGUCGGCGGCUGCAGCUGCAGCGGCGUCGGCGGCGUCGGCCGAGUGGCGGGAUGGCGGGCGCCGCGAGCGAGUCGCGCUUCGCGGGGCUGUCGCUGAUGCAGCUGCACGAGCUGCUGGAGGACGACGCGCAGCUCGGCGACAUGGUCCGGGGCAUGGAGGAGACGCAGACUGUUCAGCUUAACAAAGAGAUGACACUGGCUAGCAACCGGAGCCUGGCAGAGGCAAACCUUUUGUACCAGCCCCAACUGGAUGCUCAGAAAGCUCACCUGACCCAAAAAUACCAGGAACUCCAGGUUCUCUUUGAGGCCUAUCAGAUAAAGAAGACCAAGCUAGAUAAACAGUCAAACAGUGCUUCCUUGGAGACUCUGUUAGCACUUCUUCAAGCAGAAGGGGCCAAGAUUGAGGAAGACACUGAGAACAUGGCAGAGAAGUUCCUGGAUGGAGAGCUGCCUCUGGAUGCCUUCAUCGAUGUCUACCAGAGCAAGCGGAAGCUGGCCCACAUGCGACGUGUGAAAGUGGAGAAGCUCCAGGAGCUGGUGCUGAAGGGACAGAGACUCCCACAGGCCGGGGCCCCAGUACCCCCCAGGGUGCCCGAGCCAUCCACUGCCACCCCCCUGCCCUAUCCCCCUCUGGAGGCCACCGGGCUCCCUUCUGUCGUGCCGCGGCGCAUCCCCCCGCCUCCACCCCCGGUGCCUGCAGGACACAUAGCCACCCCGUUCACGGCUGCCAUGGGCUCAGGACAGGCUUCUCCAUACCCAGGAUUACAGUGCCCACCUCUGCCCCCCAGGGUGGGCCUCCCCUCUCAGCAAGGAUUCUCGGCACAGCUGGUGUCACCGUACCCGCCAGCCCUGCCCCAGAGACCCCCUCCACGGCUGGCUCCACACCAGCCAGGCUUCAUCCUCCAGUGAGCUCCGGGGUCUCUACUUCCUGCAAGACACCCUUCGCCUGCCGUGCCAAGCUCCGCGAACGGAGGCUGUGGAGUCCAGCAUCUGGGCCAGUGGCGUGGGUGCCCUGGGCCAUGUGUCCAUCUGAUUUCAGAACUGUAGGUCCGUGGUAAGUAAGAGAGAACGAGUUUUGUGGACCAAGGGAGUUCUGUCUGUGCCCGGCCACAGGCCCGUUCAUCACACCAGUCUGUGCUCCGGGUGUGAUUUCUAAGUAUCUAGUGUUGAUGGACUUGUGCAUUUGGGAAGAUAAACCUCCCCCCUCCGAUUUAGAAUCAUGGCCCUCCUGUUGCAGCUUUAUUUAAUAAGCAUGGUUAGUGAUAUCUGUUUUAUUUUCAAGUCUUGGUCCACCAGCCGCUGUGGCGCUGGUAAAGGCUGGUUUGCACUGGCCAGCCUGGAACGGGUGCCCACAGCCUGGCCUGGCUGGGCAGCUGUGCUGUUGGUUCCGUCUGUGCCGGGCAGGCCGUCAGUCACUUCUCCCUCCCGCCAGACUGGAUGCUCUCUCGGUUCAGAACCGUGAGCAGACUUUGCACUUGGCUGCUGUGUGUAGAGGCCGGGAGAGCUGUGGCUCUGGGUGUGAGGCCAGUGUGAGCUGGACUUCACGCAGUACAGCCCUCAGCCCUCACCUCACACCUCAAGCAAGCCUCCUGACGGUUUCUGUGAAAAAAAUACUCAGUGUUUUUACUACACUUGUAAUUUUCCUGUUUUAUAUUUGGAAAGAAAACCUUUUUUGACACUCUCAAGACCAUUCAGGGAAACUUUUUAAAAAAAAAACGCAGAUACUGUUUCAAGCUGGUUCAAAAUGCAGAUUUAUUGAGUGCCGCUUCCUGUCAGGAGAGCAGUGCACGGUCACAUCGGUCAGUGCCCGUGCUGUGCCUUAGCUUCACUUGGUGCCAGGACUCAGAUGCCUGCAGUGUGCCAGCCAUGGCUGCCCUGUUGGGCCCACAGUUAGGCAGGGCCCUGGCGGGCCUCCCUGCUCUGUGCUAGGUCAGAGAAGGCCCAUCCACCUUGAGCCGGGGUACUCCCGGGGUACUCCCUCCCGGGCAGUGUUCUCUGCCCUCGCCGACAGUACUGCGGUGUUGGCCAAGGGCGUGGGAGGGUCUGGGGAAGCCCCCCUCACGGGAUUGGCAGCAGUGGCUCCUUCCUCUCUGGGAUCUCAUCUGCGGGUGCCAUGUGCAGAGUUCCCAGGGCCCAGGUGGGGGAGGGGCAGCCCCCAUCCCUGCUCCCAGAAGAGGGCUGCGUGCCUGUGGGUAGAACUUAGAGCCAUCCCCUCACCCUGCCAGCUGGCUGCCACCCAAGGUGACAGAGUCAAGGCAGAGCUGAUUAGAGAGCCUGUCCCUGGCAGGGAGGGCCACCAGCCUUUGUCCCCAAGUCCUGUGCUCUGAUCAUGGACUUGGGCUCCUCCCCACUGGAACUAUUCUGUAAAGAGACAAAGCUGUGUGCCACCUUGGUUCCGCUGCCACCAGGAACGCCCUGUGCCCGGUCACGGGCGGCAGCCACGUGGGAGCUCCAGGUGGAGCGGGGAAGGGGCUGCCAGGCUGACCUUGCCAUCACUGCCCAGGGCCACAGCUGGCACCGGGCUUGUAAAGCUGUAGAACUCUUAAUAAAUUGAGAAUUACUCAUUUCA